CUCCUCCUCCCAUCUCAUUCUGCAAUCACAAAGUGGGUCUCAUGCGGCGCUCACGAAGUGGGUGGUGGUGCUCGUGCAGGUCGGCAGCCACUAGUCGCCGUAUCCCAGACGGCGUCUACUGAACGGCGUCCAGUGGUCGGAGGCGGCGAGGGUGGAGCUCGCUCGGCAUGCUUGGGGGUUGCGAGAGGAAUGAAUGGUGGCUACUCCGAGAGAGUGAGAGACAGAGAGAGCGAGAGAUAGAGAGAUCAGCAAAACGCGUCUCUUGCUCUCUUGAGAUGUGUGCCUCUUACCUUAUUAUUGCCCCCCCUCCUCCUCUCAUAAUUGCAAUGGCACCAACCUUCGACUCAUGCAUCAACGCGCGUUGCACCACGCACAUGGAGGUUGAGGGUGCAUAUUUCGGCGCUGGGUGGUAGUCAGGAAGAAGAAGAAGCAGAAGAAGAUGACCAUGACUAUGACGAUGAUGCCUGGUUUGGAUUGGAGGGUUGUUGAAUUGGAGGGUCAUUUGAUGGUGAUCUGAUGUGAAGUGUGCAUUGCUGCUGCGGAGUUUUAAUGUGCGUUGGGUUCCUGUCUUGUGCCCGCGGGAAUUGGAAUGCGGUUUCUGUCUCUCUGGUUGUGGAGUUUGAGGCUGUGAGUGUGUGUUGAAGUUCUGUGUGUGUGUGUGUGUGGUGUGUCUCUGGUAUGGUUUGUUUUCCUGGUGGAAUUUGAUCCGUUUUCCGUGUAUGGGGUGGUAGGAUUGGAGCGUGUGAAGCAAUGUGAUGAGUGGAUGUGGCGUUGAGUUGGGUGCGAGGUCAUGGUUUUGUGUAACUGUUUCUUGUUGGAGAGAAUAGGAACGGGAGGAGUGCCUGUAUUGAGGAACGAUUUCCAACGAACAAAUGGCAUUGAACGAAUGUGGAGGAAUAUGUGUGUUUCAUGUCGGAAAGCUUGUUGCCCACGGUGCUUACAGAUUAGUGAGCGCUGUCUUUCUUCUGCAAAAUGGGUCAAUUCACAUUGAAGAUUCUUGUAGCCCGGUUGACGGUUGGGUGUAUUUCACAUCAGGUUGCGAUUGAGCCUCAAGCACCCAUUCGAGAUGAACUACCAUUCUCUUUGAAUUCUACCAGGAGAGCGUCGACGUAUGUUCGCUGCAAGUACCUCCUGGGACAAUUAGGUGAAAACUUGCUGACAUCUAUUGUCAUGGGGAAUAAAGUAACUCGGAGGUGCUCAACUGUGGAUGAGCGCUACACUCGGCUCCAAGGUUUAUAUCCUCAGCGUGGUGUCGAUCAAAAGAAAUUGCGCCGUCUUAUCUUGGAUUCCAAACUUGCUCCUUGUUUCCCUGGGGAAGAAGAGGCAAACGCCGAUUUCGAAGAGUGCCCAAUCUGCUUCUUGUCUUAUCCAAGUCUGAAUCGAUCCAAAUGCUGCUCAAAAGGCGUAUGUACAGAGUGUUUUCUGCAGAUGAAAUCUCCGCGCACAGCUCGGUCAAUACAAUGUCCCUUCUGCAAAUCUUACAACUAUGGUGUGGAGUAUCGAGGUGUCAAGUCACUGGAGGAGAAGGGUAUUGAAGCUGCUGAGGAGCAGAAGGUAAUUGAGGCCAAGAUACGGAUGCGUAAACGGGAGAUCUUAGAUGAUGAACAUCGGGAGCAGCGCAAGGAAGAGGGUUGUCACGCGUCAAGGGCUACUACUGAUGUACUUCCAAGCAGCCGUUUGCUAGAGCCUCCCCAACAAACUGAAACGCCCCCACAGGAGUCUGCUACAUCGGGCAUGUCCGAUAGGUCUAGUCCACGUGAUGAUCUGGACUCGUUGUGGAUCUGUGAGGAGUAUGGGAGUGAAGGAAGUUUGGCUCCCACUCCUGCCCCUAGCGCUGUUACCACCUAGCAUUCAACCGCGUCGUGGCCUGGAAUCUGCAGCUUCUCAGCAGCAUCAGCCUGGAUCCUACCCACCCGGCUUUUGUCGGCCCAGGUGUGGCUACAAGAAACAGGAUUUUAUGGGAAUUCCUCUAAUUUGUAGACGGUGAAAGAAAAGCAUGGUCAUGGGGUGUAGAUCUAAUCUGCCGCCGUGAGAACCUGCACAGUGGACACCAUAUUCUUGUGAAUUUACAACUAUUAGGUGACCAAUCUAUGGUGUUUUGUCAAGAGCCGAUGAAAUUGAUUUUGAUUUAGAAGAGAUUAUGGUGAUGGAGGCAAUGUGACAAUUUAUCCAGAAGCAAGGAUCGCGCCAUCGAAUGGCUCCAAAUCAGCUCUUAGACUUGGUUACUGAAUGUCAAGUCGAUGCCGACAUAGUGCCAGUAUAUCAUGCUCAACAUCUUGUAAUGUGAUUAUCAACAUCACUUGGCAGGGGGUCAGGCAAGUGCAACUGCUGCAAUGGCAGAGUGGCACGUCAUCGAAAGUGAAGCUACGUCUGCGCCACCGGACGCCGGCAGAAGAGCUUCUCAAUCGGACUCUGAGUCAGGUUCCGAUGCAGAAGUCACUGUGCUAAUCGCGGAAGACAGAGUGUUCGUUUCGAAAGAGUUUUCGUCUGCGAAAUGUGAGAGAGCGGGAGUGAUGCAAAAUAGCGGGGAUUGUGGUUGCACACUGGUGGGGUCAAUGCAGGAAACACCUAGAAGAGAGUUACUUUAAGUAGAGAUAAUGGAGAGUGUAGAUAGAGAGCUUGGAGAUCCAGAUGAUCGAAGAUCGAUGUGCGCAAGCACCUUGACUCAUAUGUUCAGUCUCGCGCAGCACGUGAGGGUUCGCCUAUCGUGCGAUCAAAUAGAUGUACGAUUGUUUCAAACGGAAAUGUAGUUUUAUCUUAAAGUUUUGAAGAGGCAACAAUGUGGAUCAUGAUUUUUUUCGUA